AGCAGCCGGGCACGCGCGAGAGUGCCUGGCCAGAAAGAGUGCGAGCGCCCAGCGAUCCUGUGAGCCGCCCCUGGCUCCCAACGAGGAUUUGUCCUUCCAAGUGCAAGAGCAGAUCAGAGGCUGGCGGCGAGAAAGUUGGAGGAUUUUGGCAUCCACGCAGCUGCUAAGCUAAAGGUGAGCCCCACACAUCGCCGAAGAAGAUGCCAGCACCCAUACCAGAACCAAAGCCUGGAGACCUGAUUGAGAUUUUCCGUCCUCUGUACAGACACUGGGCCAUCUAUGUCGGUGAUGGAUAUGUGAUCCACCUGGCUCCCCCAAGUGAAUUUGCAGGAGCCGGGGCAGCCAGCAUCAUGUCUGUUUUGACCGACAAGGCCAUAGUGAAGAAAGAACUGCUGUGCGACGUGGCCGGGAGGGACAAGUACCAGGUCAAUAACAAACACGACAGCGAAUACACCCCACUGCCUCUAAACAAGAUCAUCCAGCGGGCCGAGGAGCUGGUGGGGCAGGAGGUGCUCUACAAGCUGACCAGUGAGAACUGUGAGCACUUUGUGAAUGAACUACGCUAUGGAGUUGCCCGCAGUGACCAGGUCAGAGAAGCUACCAAGAUCAUAGGCAUUACCGGAGUGGGCCUGGCAGCCAUGGGCCUCAUUGGAGUCAUGCUGUCCAGAAACAAGAAACAGAAGCAAUGAGUUGAAUGAGCACCCAGCCUUAGGGGCUCUUCUUUUGCUAGAAGGUUUGAAGUUUGACCCCUAGAUUCUACUGUUUCAUAAUUAGGCUUAUUUUCACAGCACACAAUAAAGCACAAGAAGGGAAUUUUACUGGC